AGAGACCAAAAGCUUGCAAUCUUGAGAUCCAGUUGACGACAAGCACACGUCUGCACACGCACUUGGAAGUUGGAAUCUCAAUAAUUUAGUUGAAUUCAGAUCAAAAGUCAUAACUCACACACCAAUAAUUUUUUUCCCCAAAAAGAAUCAAUACUUAUAAAACAUCCAAUAUAAAAAUCAUGCAACUCUUUCCUCAAAUUUUGUAACAAUUGAUCCGAAAAAAAGACCAGAAAAUGGCAUAUCUUGGCUCAUUGAAGCAAAGCUUUGUUGAAACAAACAAAGAAAGAUUAUUACUACCAAGAAAAGGGUAUUCAGAAUUGGGAGUAGGUGGUGGUGCAUCUUUCACAGGAAAUGAGAACUUUCUGGAACGUUUACGCUAUCGACUUACUGAGUUUUGUAACGAUGUCAAAAAAGUUGCAGCCAAAGCAGUUAAAAUGGGUAGAAGUGAUCCUAGGAAAAUUAUAUUUUCUGCUAAAGUGGGUUUUGCUCUUGCACUUGUUUCGAUCCUUAUUUUCUUCAAAGAACCCUUGCCUUACAUUGGUAAACACUCCAUUUGGGCAAUUCUCACUGUUGUCGUCGUUUUUGAAUUCAGUAUAGGUGCGACGCUCAGUAAAGGAUUUAACAGGGCAUUGGGGACAUUUUCUGCUGGAGGAUUAGCGUUGGGCAUUGCUGAAUUGUCUCUUAUGGCUGGAAAAUGCCAAGAGAUUGUGAUUGUCAUCAGCGUAUUUAUUGCAGGAUUUUGUGCGACUUAUUUGAAACUGUAUCCAGCAAUGAAGCAAUAUGAAUAUGGAUUCCGAGUCUUCUUGUUGACAUAUUGUAUAGUGCUUGUAUCGGGGACUUCAGAUUUCGUUCAGACUGCUGUUUCUCGAUUGUUGCUAAUUGGGGUUGGAGCUACUGUCUGUUUGCUUAUAAAUGUCUGCAUCUACCCCAUUUGGGCUGGUGAAGAUUUGCACAAGUUGGUAGCGAAAAAUUUUAAGGGUGUCGCUACUUCUUUGGAAGGUUGUGUCAAUGACUAUUUGCAAUGUCUUGAAUAUGAAAGGAUACCAUCAAAAAUUCUUCUUUACCAGGCAUCCGAUGAUCCUGUCUACAAUGGCUAUAGGACUGCUGUAGAGUCCACCAACCAAGAAGAUUCUCUGUUAGGUUUUGCUGUGUGGGAACCCCCUCAUGGCCGUUACAGAAUGCUCAAUUAUCCUUGGGGUGAAUAUGUUAAAGUCAGCGGUGCACUGAGGCAUUGUGCUUUCAUGGUCAUGGCUAUGCAUGGCUGUAUUCUUUCAGAAAUACAGCGCCUUUCUUCACUAAAGCCAAUGCUUAAUUUGCGCUUUGUACUUAAUACCCCAUGGUCAUUGGAGCUUUUCACCUUUGAUAACUUUGGUUAUCAAUUCGAUCCUCUCGAAGAAGUUCAUGAGGCUGCUGAGAAUCUUCAACUGUUGAUUGACCAGAAAUCUUAUCUUUUGGUUAAUGCAGAGAAUUGGGAAAGUUCAAAAAGACCUAAGAAGUUUGAAGAUCCUGAACGCAUUCAAGAACUGAAGGACAAUGAACCUAAACCCAUGCUAAUAAACUCUCUUAGUGAAGCGACUCUUCAUCUAAGGUCUGCUCACACAUUGAAGCACAUGGAUACUCUUAAUCCAAAUGUAAGCGUCAACUUUUCUACUUCACAAUGGGGUUCCUCAGAAGAUGUGUUCAAGCAGCAGACGAUGUGGCCUUCACGGCUUUCAGUUCUUGGAGAUGUGAUUUUGAAUGAACGUGAAGUACGGACAUUUGAAAGUGCUAGUACAUUGUCACUGGCAACAUUUACUUCCUUGCUGAUCGAGUUUGUUGCAAGGCUUCAGAAUCUUGUAAAUGCAUUUCAAGAGCUCAGCGAGAAGGCAAAAUUUACGGAAUGCAGCUGAUAGAAAUGAGGCAGCAGCUCUUUGAGGCAGGUUAUGUAACUGUUCCUGCUUUUAGGUUGAGGAGAUCUUCUUUCUGCUGUCCAGUGUCACAGUGCUUUAUUGCUCUACUGCCAGUAAAGAAGAUGUUAUCAACCAGAAACUAGGUUCAGGCUUGGAAUGAAAACUAUUCUUAUGAAGUUGAAGAUGUUUUGAGAUGAUUAUAUAUACUAUAUUAAGUUUUGUGUAGUUGUCAAGGUAUUGGUUUCUGUUCUGCAGCAUGUUUUCAGAGCCUGUAGGAGCUGUGAAUCCAAGAGAAAAAGAUUUCCUUACCCAAAGAUUAUGUAUCUUUCUGUACAUUAACUUUUUUACUUGUUUCCGAUGAAGCUGUAAAGCAUAGAAGUUUUUAAAAGAACAUUAGCUGGAUAAUAUGGCCUUGUCAUACUAUGCAGAGUGCAUCCUAGCAAAUUCUUUGA